AUGGAGUCUGUUCUGAGUUUUCUGGUUUCUGGACAGUCUUGCUCUAACCCAUAUCAAACCAAGGCUGUUCUGGCUGAAAUCCCAGAUCAUCUCAGGUGUGGAGUUAUGCUGAGGAAGAGAUCUAGAGCAAGCACCAGUAAGCAAGCUCUAAUGGCGGACUAUGGCUCUGUACAAUCUCCAACAGACAAGCCCAGAAAACCCACUCCAUCUUUCUUCAGUUCUCCAAGGUUGUUCACUAAUUUCACUUCAAAGGCUUUCACUGACACUGAAUCUGUUGUGAUGAGUCCAACUUCGACACUUGAUACUAAACCAUUCUCUGCUUUCAAAAACCCCUUUUGGCCUGACAUUCACACCCCCAAAUCCCCAAAACCUGAGAGUAAAAGCCAUUUUGAUAAAUUGGAUUCAAGAGGGGUUGGUCUUGGUCUAGUUGAUGUGCUCACAGAUGAAAAAUCUGACCCAAAACUAUCAAAACCCGAAAGCCGAAUGAUUGUGUUUGGUUCCCAAUUAAAGAUUCAAAUCCCUCCCCUGCCUCCUUCUGUUCUCAACCCUACUGAUUCACCAAAAUCAUCUGGUGAUUUUGGUAUCAAAACGAGAAAUUCCCUUCUGGGUUCGUUUUCACCUGGAUUAUCCCCUUGUUCUGUGAAGAAAUCCCCAUUUGGGUCUUCGAAUUCAGGCAUUGAAAACUCGAGUCCUUCACAGGUUUUUUCUGGGGGUCUCUCUGCUAUUGACAUGGAGCUUUCUGAAGAUUAUACUUGUGUGAUUUCCCAUGGUCCGAACCCUAAGACUACCCAUAUAUUUGAUGAUUGCAUUGUGGAGAGCUGCUGUGGAGUUGUUGGGUUCUCUGGAUCAAAGAAGGAAAAUGGGUUUUUGGGCAAUCGAUCAAUGAGCUAUCCUUCUGAGAGUUUUCUUAGCUUCUGUUACAAUUGCAAGAAAAAUCUUGGGCAAGGAAAAGACAUUUACAUGUACAGGUUAGCUCUCAAUUUUCAUUAA